GAAUUGCAGCUUGGAUGGCAGCUAUUGGAUCUAAUAUCAAUAAGUACUAUGGUACACCCUCUGUGUGUUCUUUACAUUUUCAUUCAGGCAAACCAGCAUACAUGUUUUAUGUAGAUGAUGUUGACUGGGUUCCGUCAAAGAAUUUAACUAACACAGAUCAACAUGAUGAACAAGAUCAUGAUUUUGAUUCAGACUUAUCACAUGCACACCCAAGUUGUGAAGACAGUUUACGAGUUGAUGACAGUACAGUGCAUGAGAUCAUUGUAAAUUCAAGCAGUCUUAGUGACAACAGCACAUUGCAUGAUAAUGUGUUGCAUGGCACAUUUCAAAGUAACGACAUUACAAUACUUAUGGCCUCAACUUUUUCACCGUCACUGCAAUUACGCCCCACGACUAAAUGAAUAAUCAUGUGGUUCUUAGUUAUUGGAGGGAUUAACGUUUCUAGUUCACUUCCACAUUUGAAUAAAUUUAGGUCCAAUACCAACGGAUCACUACAUUUUAGAUCUUCAAGUACUUUACAGUAUAUUUUAAAUUCGUCUUCAUCUAAACUUUUGGCAAAGUCUGACACUUUAUAUGGAAGUCGGGAAGCACUCAUAUUAGAGUUACAUCACUGCACACAAAAGUGACAAAACGAAACCAAAACAGAAAACAGGACAAUAACAUUUGCGAAUCUGACUGCUUCUUGAACAAAGGACUUGAAGUAGACGUGGAGUCAAGCGUAAUAAAAAGUUUAGUUCUGCUAUCUGUCGCUGUGGUGCGCAUCGGCGUAAACUACGCACGACUUUUUGCUUGACUACUACUUUUUCAUUGGAAUAACAUCUAUAGGGGCAAUCACAACCUACUAUUAAUAGUUUUGCUGCAUACUUACGUUUAUCUUCUGACAGCCCUACAGAAAAGAUUUUUUUAAAAAUACAAGAAAUGUGAUCUGGAAACAGAAAUUGCUACAGAUACUAACUAAGAUACGUAACAAUUAACUGACACAAAAAAAAAUUGAAAAAAUUAAACACUGAUUCACAAAAUCCACUUUGUAUUGGGAAAUAACACUUUCAGCCAAUACAGACAACGCAAAACAUGACAUAAA